AUGAGUUUUAUGGAUCUGAUGGCUUUGAUCAUUUCACCCCAGAAAGCCACUAAUGACCGCUUGCGUAUCUAUGAAACCCUAGCUUCUUUAACGCACCUAGGCGUAGUAACGAUAAGGUCCUUCUUUUGCAAGCUAGAAUCUUCAGAUGGACGGAUAUUCUCAUCAUAUAUCGUCUACUAUGAAGAUCCACUCACCGCCAAAAACAAAAACAUUUUCCUCCUACUCACAACACCAUCUUCUUCUCCUUCUCCUAUACCAAAAACCCUUUUCAAAUUCUUCUCCAUUUCCACCACUAACCCACAAUCUUUCACCGUCUCUUACCUCAUCAACAACUGCGGCUUCUCCCCAGAAACCGCUUCCAAAGCUUUCCAAAAUCUCACUCUCUCCAACUCCCAAAAACCCGAUUCAAUUCUCGCCUUCUUCACUACCCACGGCUUCUCCAUCUCCCAACUCCGCGACAUCAUCAGACGUGAACCCUGGCUACUCUCAUGCGACCCCAACAAGGUUCUUUUACCAAAGUUUCAAUUUUUACUUUCCAAAGGCGCUUCUUCCUAUGAUAUUGUUCGUAUUGUUAAUUCAAGCCCUAGACUUCUUAGAAGAAGCUUAGAGAAUCAUAUAGUUCCUGCAUAUCAAUGUGCAAAAGGGUUUCUUCAAUCUGACAAAAAAACCAUUGCUUGUGUUAAACGUUUUUGUUUUCUUUGUCAAAGUGGGCUGCCUGAAAAUGUCAAAUUGUUGCUUGAUAAUGGAGUUUCUCACUCUAAUAUUGCUAGGCUGUUUCAUUGGUGGCCUAGUAUAAUUUGCUCAUUUGAUUUGUUGCACACUGUUGAAGAACUGAAAGAACUCGGUUUCGAUGGCUCCACUUCCGCUUUUAGUAAGGCGUUUCUCGCGAAGAGAAGUGCCACUAAAGCGCAGUGGGAUGAGAAAGUUGAAACCUUUAAGAAAUGGGGCUGGUCUGAUGAACAGAUUUUUGAAACAUUUAAGAAGCAUCCUUUCUGUAUGCUGGUAUCGCCUCGGAAAAUCAAUGCAAUCAUGGAUUUUUGGGUUUACCACCUAGGUUUGGAUUCUUUGGACCUUGCCAGAGCUCCUGGAAUUCUUCAAUGCAGUCUCGAGAAGAGGAUUAUUCCUAGAGCUUCGGUUGUGCAGUUUCUUAUCUCGAAAGGCUUGCGACGGAAGGAUGCAGGCGUGUAUACGCCGUUUGUUGUAUCUGAGAAGUUGUUUGUGGAGAAGUUUGUGAAAGGCUUUGAGGAGCAUUCUUCUGAUCUCAUAAAGCUUUAUGAGGAAAAACUGAAUCUUGCAGAUGGUAGGAACGGCAUUCAGCUGGUGUGA